GCACAGCCUCUUCUUCCUGCUCCUAAACACAGCACCUCCUCUCUGUCCACGUGUUUCCUCGUUCCCUCCCCUUCAGAUCUGCACAUUGAAGAUGGGUGUAACCAACAUGUGGUGACGUGUAAGAGCUGACAGGCUCCAUUCACUGCAGAAACACAUGUUGUUGAGAUCAGAGCUCAGACUAGUUUCAGUUUUAAGGAAGAGAAACUCGCACAGUCACUGACACUGAGAGGAGAAAUGGCACAGAAAGGAGUUCAGCUGGACCGAGAAACCUUCUCUUGUUCCAUCUGUUUGGAUCUACUGAAGGAUCCGGUGACUAUUCCCUGUGGACACAGCUACUGCAUGAACUGUAUUAAAAGUUUCUGGGAUGAAGAGGACAAGAAGGGAAUCCACAGCUGCCCUCAGUGCAGGAAGACUUUCACAGCGAGGCCUGUCCUGGAGAAAAACACCAUGUUAGCAGCUUUAGUGGAGCAGCUGAAGAAGACUGGACUCCAAGCUGCUGCAGCUGAUCACUGCUAUGCUGGACCUGAAGAUGUGGCCUGUGAUGUCUGCACUGGGAGGAAGCUGAGAGCCAUCAAGUCCUGUUUAUUCUGUCUGGUCUCUUACUGUGAGAAACACCUCCAACCUCACUAUGAUGUAGUUCAGCUUAAGAAACACAAGCUGGUGGCCCCCUCCAAGAAGCUCCAGGACAACAUCUGCUCUCGUCACGAUGAGGUGAUGAAGAUUUUCUGUCGUACUGAUCAGCAGAGUAUCUGUUAUCUCUGCACAAUGGAUGAACAUAAAGGCCAUGAAACAGUCCCAGCUGCAGCAGAAAGGACUGAGAAGCAGAAGGAGCUCCAGGUGAGACGACUCAACAUCCAGCAGAGAAUCCAGGAGCGAGAGAAAGAUGUGAAGCUGCUUCAGCAGGAGGUGGAGGCCAUCAAUGGCUCUGCUGAUAAAGCAGUGGAGGACAGUGAGAAGAUCUUCACUGAGCUGAUCCGUCUCAUCCAGAAAAGAAGCUCUGAUGUGAAGCAGCAGGUCAGAUCCCAGCAGGAAACUGAAGUGAGUCGAGUCAAAGAGCUUCAGGAGAAGCUGGAGCAGGAGAUCACUGAGCUGAAGAGGAAAGACGGCGAGCUGGAGCAGCUCUCACACACAGAGGAUCACAACCAGUUUCUACACAACUACCCCUCACUGUCAGCACUCGGUGAGUCGACACACUCAUCCAGCAUCAAUAUUCGUCCUCUGAGCUACUUUGAGGAUGUGACAGCAGCUGUGUCAGAGACCAGAGAUAAACUACAGGACAUUCUGAGAGAGGAAUGGACAAACAUCUCACUGACAGUCACUGAAGAGGACGUUUUACUGUCACCAGCAGAGCCAAAGACCAGAGCUGGAUUCUUAAAAUGUUCAUGUGACAUCACACUGGAUCCAAACACAGCAAACACACAUCUGUUAUUAUCAGAGGGGAACAGAAAAGUAACAUUUAUGAAACAACUACAGUCUUAUUCUCAUCAUCCAGACAGAUUCACUGAUUAUUCUCAGGUCCUGAGUAGAGAGAGUCUGACUGGACAUUGUUACUGGGAGGUGGAGUGGAGAGGUGGAGGAGUUCAUGUAGCAGUCGCAUACAAGAAUAUCAGCAGAGCAGGGUUGGACUCUUUAUUUGGAGACAAUGACAAAUCUUGGGCAUUACUAUGUAACACAAACAGUUACAAAUUCUUUCACAACGAAGUCCAAACUGACCUCUCAGGUCCUCGGUCCUCCAGAGUAGGAGUGUACCUGGAUCACAGAGCAGGUAUUCUGUCUUUCUACAGCGUCUCUGAAACCACGACUCUCCACAGAGUCCAGACCACCUUCACUCAGCCGCUCUAUGCUGGACUUUAUCUUUAUGGAGAUGGAGUCACUGCAGAGUUGAUUAAAGUCAAAUAGAGAAGACAGGUUCAUGUUGAUCCCUGAUCAUUAUAUGUACUUGUGUAGUUUCUAAAUGAGCCUUUACAUUUUAGAAGCUGAGAAGCUCAGAGGUCCAUUGAUGUGUGGAAAUAAUAUUGCACUGAUUCAAACUGUACUUACAUUUAUAAACCUUACAUCAAUAUAAAUCUGCAUUUGUUCUUAUGGCUGAUAAUCAUGUGAGUUUAAAUUCUACUACUCUUCAUAUUCAGCAUGUGUGAAACCUUUCAUCGGUCUGGUUAGUGCUUUUAUUCUGGAGUUGCUGUAGCAGGUUGUCAAAUGCAGUGAUUCAUCAGUUAGUCAAUGAUCAGAGAAUUGAUUGUUUUGUCAUUAUUUUAGUCACAUUUAAAGCUGGUUCCAGUUUCUGAAACGUGAAGAUUGUUGAUUUUCUUGAUCAUAUAUGAUCGUAAACUUAAUGUCUUUGAGGUUUGAACUUUGAAAAUGUAACAAAAAAUAAAUAGUUAAUGUUUGACAUUAAAUAUUAUUUUUCAUUUGAAAAGUUUGAUCACACUUGAUCAUUUCUACAUUAAAAUACAGACAGUAAAUGAUACAGGCCUGUAUAUUGUGGAGGAGAGACAUGUUUCUUUGCCCUGAGCUGUGUCUGGCAGGCAGAGCGUCUCCACGCUCCACAAAUCUGAUGCUUCUGAUUUGGAGUAAAUGAGCUGAGGGAGACACCUGGAAUCUCAGCCUGGACACAAAGGGAAUAAAAUCAGCAGAGUUAUACACAAGUGGUGAUGUUGAAUGACUGGCAAAUAAACGUCCGUUUUAAUAAUGGACCAAAAUGGUUCAAAUGGUUCCUCCAAAGCUUCUUUAGAAACUUGGCUUCAAAGAGGAAAACUGUUUUGUUGUUUGUUUGUGUUUUCAUGUUUUCUUCUUCUCUCAUACAUAAAAUACAGUUCUUAAUCUUA